AUGGAGGACAUAAUGAAGGCCUUUCCAUCUGUGGAGUGCCUGGAAGUCCCCGUGGCAUGGGAUAGUCAUUUCCAUGCUGACCGUACAGCGAAACGGGCCAAGAUGGGGAUAGAUGAUAUACAGGCCCUUGUCGAUUCGGCACCCUGUAUCCCUUCUCUGAAGGUCAAGGUAACUGGCGGAGUAGCGGUGUUCUGUGACGUAAACAGUUACCCUACUCAGCUAGAUGUGGAUCGGCUACGUCAGCAAGGUGUUGUGGUGGCUGUUGGUAUCCACCCGAAGCAUGCUGCAAAGUUGACCGAGAAAGAUUGGUCAGCUUUUGAGGCAGCAUUGGCGUUAUCGGGUGUUUCUACCUUGGGUGAAGUAGGCCUAGACUACACUUCACAGCCAUCCACAUGGGGGAUUCAGCAUUCUGUUCUCCAUCGGGCCCUUGGGUAUCUUCGCCCAGAUCAUGUUCUGGUACUCCAUAAUAGGCUAGACAAGCGCAAUGCUGGGGAUGACAUGCUGCAGCUUUUGUUUCAGUUAAAGGCUGCAUCCCAACUGAGCAGAGGAUCCACCUGCAUUGCAUUUCCGGAAGCUAGUGUGCAGUGGACCAGUGGAGUAGGCACUUUCCCAAUACCCACUUUGGGUGGGAGGGGGAAGGUGAAGUAG